CUUAUCGAUAAACAAAUUUAAUUACGUAUGAAUUUAAUGUUUUUAUAAAUAUACAUGAGAAGACACUAUUCUUGUUUAGUCAUGUUUUAUUUUUUGUAUUGUUACAUACGCAACUCAUUUGUAUGCCUUGUAAAAUAAAUAUAAAUUAUUUAAUACAAAUAACACUAAACGUAAUUCAAACGUUAUUGUAUCGAUUAAUCGAAAGUGAAAUAUAUUUACACGUUAGAUGUAUAAAUAAUUGAUUGAAAAACCGUGAUAUGACAUUAAAUAAAAUACAAUGGUUAUUAUCGUUUGCUAUAUUUACGAUAAUUUUCACCAUUAUUCUUUGGGCUUCGAUAGAUCUUGGUCGAUAUACCAGCUUAGAUAAGGACGAAAAGGAAUCUGAUCUCAAGAAACAUUUAAAUAGUACAAUUAUUCCAUCGUUUUCCACAUAAUAUGGCGGAAGCUCGAUUUUAAUCCACGAUUCUAAUGCAUAUAGUAUUACAAGAAAGGAUUCUGUUUACAGGACUUCCGUUAAAGAAGAUCUCGUUCCCCAAUUAAAUUUGAUCGGUUCCUCGGAAACAACCAUUCAAAUCGAAGCCAAAAAAAAUUUGUGGAAAAAUUAUGCGAUUAGAUCGUCCACACCUAUCAUAUAUAUAAUGUAAAUAACGCACAGGAAAAGUAAAUGGAAAUAAGCAUCUGAUUUUCCUGCCGUCCAUGGGACAGAACUCUUCGACUAAUUUAUGUGAGGAAAUGCAUAUUGUUUUUUUUUUUUUUUCCAUACACAAAUUAUCUUAUUCUUUCUUUAAUGAUAAAAAAAAAGGGAAAAAAAGAGAGAACACUUUUCGAAUGAACGAAAAAGGGUUCCACUUAAUAGUCAAGUAUUUAUUUGACCGUUUGAGAAAGCGUCAAAUGAUUUACGAACGUAUUAUCAUUGGUAGAUUUCAAAUUACACAUAGAUCGACGAAAUAAUACACCCCCUCGAGUUAAGAUCAAGCAAGUAUCAAAAUACGAAGUAACGGAAUACGAAACUUGAUAAGCAAAAUGCAAAACAAAGAAGAAUUAGAUAGUAGAAGAAGGAUUAUUAUUUGAUGAGUAUAAAUUAAACGCGAAUAAGAGUUGCCUUUCAUUUAGUUGAGAUUCUAUUUUGAAAUUCGUUUCAUCUUGUUCUUAAGGAUAAUUUGUUUUUUUUUUUCUUUUUUUUCUUCUUUUCCUUGGUCCUUUUUUUCUCUCCUGUUGUGAAGAGAAAGAUAAGCAGUAAAACUCUUUGAAGAAAGAUAUAAAGAAAAUCAACACAAUGGACCGGUUAUAUGUUUGAGACUCUUUAUUAGUUCCAACAAAUUCUGUAAAAGCGCUUCACGCAGGAAACAGAAAAUAAAUGCAUUUCAAAAAAAGUUUUAGUGAGUGUGUGAGCGGUGAAUAUCGUCCUGGUGCUACUAUUAUAUGAUAGAUAUUUCCUUUCUUCCUUCUUUUAUUUGUCAUUAUUAUUAUUAGCAGUUUUUAUUUCAAAAAAGUUACUGUUCUAUAAUAUUCGUUUAAGUUAUACAAAUAAACGAACAUUAUUAUUUAUUAUUAUAAUUAUUAUUCUUUACGUUUUUUUGUGAAAAAUUAGUGUAGUUUAUUAUUGUUUUUAUACUAUUGGGGUUCCUUGACGAUGCACAACGACCUUAAAAUAUUUCGAUCGAAUAUAAACGUGUUUCUUAUUUAGAUUUAGAUUCAUAAAAUAUUGUAUUCUUAAACGAAUACGAUGAAUAGAGAUAAAUUUGGUAAUUUCGAAUUAAAAUUGUGCCUUGUAAACGCCGGUCUUUGUCGACGAGAGUUUCUUCAAAAGUUGAAACGUGAUUUGGAAAAAUUGAAUCUAUCAAGAAGAAAUGUACGGAAAGCUCUCUUGCAAUUGAUAAAUCAGGCAUACGUUGUUAUUAAUCCAUUAUCAAGGGAAAUAAUGCGCAAUUUCAAUACCGAAGAUAACAAAGAAAUUUUUGACGGUUACAACUAUAUGCUGUUGUUAGAUGGUGAUAAAUCUAAGCAAAAUGAUGGUAAGAAUAAAAAAGAUUUCGAUUAUUCAGAAAAUCAGGACAAAUAUUCUGACCUAAAAAAGAAAAAUUUGGACAUCGAUAAUAGUACAUUAGAAAUAGUAUCGAAAUCUCAACGUAACGUUAGCAAUAAUGCAUCUAAAUAUGCUAGUAAUGGGAGAAAAGAAUCUUUAGGUAAAUAUAAAAUGAAACGACAUCAUCUUAAAUCUGAUUAUAAAAAAUCGAAUAAUACAUUGAGCAGUAAAAAAGUAUCGAGGAAAAUGAAUUCAAACGACGAAAUCUCCUUUAGUAGUAAUAUUAUGUCUGCUAAAAUAGAUAGGAAAAAAUUAACAUCUAAUUCAGGAGCUUCCAAUGAAUUGUUGCACAAAAACAAAUAUCACGAUAAUCAAAGUAUUGAUUCUACAUCUAAAACCGUGGAAGCAGACUCCACUGUUUCAAAUUACGAACAAGAAAAUGAUUUGAAUGCAACUAAAGAGGCAAUUCAGAAGGAAAUACAAAAAUAUAUAUGUAAAGAAUAUAGACAAUAUAGGAAUAUUUUUAUUGACAAAAUUCAUAAGAAUUGCGAUAGUGUUUUUAUUAAUAAAAGCUGUACAAAUAUAUAUAAGAAAAAAAGAAGAAAGAUCCAGCAUAAAUUUCGUCAGAUUUUUGGUCCAUGUUCUCCAAUGAGCGAGGAAGAGGAAGAAGAAUUUAUUAUAAAUAUUUCCUUAAGAAAAAAGAAAGGAAAACUAUCUAAAGAAUCUUCUCGUUCACAAUUUAAUGAUAAGACAUUGAAUCUUUCUAAAAUACAAGAUACAACGUUUGAUUUAACAGCAAGUGACGAAGAUAUAGCUUGUAGGAAAACUCUUGAGAUUCCAAGUAUUCGAGUAAUGCACCAUGACACUGCGUCAUUAAAUGAUAAUGAUUUAACAUUAGUUAAAUUCAAUAAACAAAUUAUUGAACAAACUAUCUGUGAUGAAGACAUAAAAGUUGUAGAAACUGAGUCUUCUGAAGAUGAAACUAUUUUCGACUUUUCUAUGCUUUGUGAUAAUAGUAAACUAGAUAACAUCAUUAAAUUACCAGUAACCGAAAAGAAAGAUAGCGUAACACAAAAGUAUAUAAAAGAGUCUUUUAAUGUAAGAACAGAUACAGAUUCUAUUAAUUUCAGCUCUUCUAAUGGAUCUGCGAAUGAUACAAAUAUUAAAGUAUUACCUGAUUCUGCUAGUGAAAUAAAAACAUUAAGUGAAAGGAAUAGUGAUUCUAUUAGUUUACAUACCAAAACUCCAAUUUUAUAUUCUUUAAUAAGUAUGGAUGUUUUUGGGAAGAACGUAUUUAAAAAGUCUCAAAAUACUGAAAAUCAUUCUGAAACUUGCGAACCAAUUUCAAAAGCUGAUACAUCUAUUGAUGCACAAAAGAAAAAAGAAGAUGAUAAAAUAAUUACGGAUAUUAAGUUGAUAGAAUCUUGUAGAAAAAAUAUCAAUGGUAAUGAUGUGGAAAGAGUAAUUGAAGUAGAGCCUUACGUUGAAAAUUAUGCUGCUAAUAUUUUGAGGAAUCUUAAGAACUAUGAGGGAAACGUCAUAAAUAAUGAUACAACGAAAAGAUUUAAACAAAAUGUAAAUGAAGAUUUAAAUAAACUUUUACAAAUAAAUAUCAGUGAAAAUUUUAGAAUAAAAUCUAGUGGAAAUACUAUUAGUAUUCAAGAGAAUUUGAAAACACGUAAAAAUCACAAUACAGUAACUGAGGACAUUUGCAUUAGCGAUAUUACCAGUAUGGAGGAUCUAUUAAGCUCUGAUAAUUCUACAAAUAAAUAUAAAGAAAUAGUUGCAAAGGAAUCAAUAAAUAUCAAUCCAAAAUCACCAGUUGCUAUUUUGAUGGAAAAUAACGAUUCAUGUAGCACGUUAAACGAGAAUAAAAUAAUUAAUGAGACUUCACUUGAUCCCUCUUGUAAUGUUGUGCAACCAGAAUUAAUAAAACGGAAUAAAAUUAGGGUUCUUUCUAGUGCAGAAUUAGGCUCCAGAUGGUGUCCUUCUCCUGUAAAUACGCUUCCAACGACAUCCAUAACCGAAACUAAUGUUACACUAGAUGAAACUACAGUGCCUAUAAACGAUAAUAAUGUGAUAUCUAAGACUGGUAUUGAGCAAUUAACUAAGGAUAGCACAUUAAAUAAUAAGCCACAUAACUUAAAUUCUUAUUUACUGUCUAUAUAUAGACGUAUAAUAGGUUUACGCACAAUAUCAAAAAACUUUUUAAAUAAUUCUAAAAAUCCGCUUGCUACAGACAAGAAUGUUAAUGAUAUGCGAUUAAAUUCCCAUUCUUUUGUACUUCUUGAUGAAUUAUAUAAUUUAGGAAAUGAAUUGCAAUUAACUAAUUUACAUGAAAUUAUAGAAUAUGUAGUAUCUGAAAUUAAUGAUAAUUCGUUAUUACCUGAAUAUGAACCCAUAUCCUUAACAGAAAUUGUUCAAUAUAUAGCAGUACAUGAUAAAACCUACAGCAGUACAUAUAAACCUAGCUCUAGCGAUGCACUUAUAUCUAUCUCAAGUAACAUUACGUCUACCUCUGACAAUGCAUUUACACCUACUUCUAUUCCACCUGUUUCUAAUGUAACAAAUGCUAAUAAUAUGUCUACAACCUCAGUAAUACAAUUCUUUCCAAAUUUAAAGAAUCUAUUAAAGACGCAAGUUCAGUUAAAUAAUUUACCAAAGAAACAUGCGUAUAAUUCUAUUGCUCUAAACCAAAAUAGUGAAAGCAAUUUUAAUAAUUCAUCAACGUUAAUAAAAUCUAAUAAAUCAGUGCUUUACCCUAUGUUAAUGCCGUCAAUAAAUAAUAAUAUACAAGUAUUACAAGAUAAUAGAAUUAACAAUGUAUCUAUGCCAUAUUAUGAUCAACGUGUAUUGCCACAAAUAGCAUGCCAAUCAAUUAACAAACCACAAAGAAUCGAUAAUGCAAGAAGUACAUUUGAUUUGUCUUAUACUCAACAAAUGCAACAGGCACAACAACAAACACAACAACAAACACAACAUCGAUUCACAUUUUUAUGUAACAUGCCACAAAAACUACGUUUCCAAAAUGUACAACAAACUUCAUUACCUACUACAAUGCUUUCUAAACAAUUACCGACCUCGCAUUUUAAUCAUUCACAAAAUUUUCCUCAAAUAAUAUAUCCAACUUCAUAUGAUUUAUUACUCCAAAUAUGGGAUCAAAUAACAUUUUGUUACGAAGAAGAUUUGAUUAAUUGUAAGACGCACAAUAGUUUCGGUAAAUACACCUGUAUCUUGGAAAUAUUUCAAAAAACGUGGAGGGACAAAAUGUGCAAUUUUAUUGUGUAUAAAUCACAAAAGAAUGAAUCUUUCAUACUUAAAAGUAAACAAGGAAAGUAUUUACAUAAGACAGCAAUAAUAGAAAAACAGAGGAAAGAAUGGCAACUGAAUUUGCAAGAAAAUGAAUAUCAAAACCAAUUAAAUGCAAUGAAAAUUAUGAAUCAAAAUAUAAUAAGUUUAAAUACUGCACCACUUAAAAAUUUAGAAUCACAAGCAGGAACGACACAACAUAAACAGACAAAGAAAUCAGAUAAUGUAAUACAAAGAAAACGAACUGAAUCGCGUAAAUUAAAAAGUUUUGCACAACAACUUAUUGAUAGCACCACGUCAUCAGAUAUUUUGCAAGAUAAUACAAAUUCAUUACCUGUUGAACUAAACAAUACUAAAAAUGUAAAUAAAUUACCUUUAGUUAGAAAGAAAUAUAAAAAAACUACAAAUGUAGAAGAACCUUCUACAAGUUUAGGAAAUAAAACUGAAAAUGAACUAAACAUUAAUUUCAUAACUUCUACUUUAAAAAAUAAAGAUAAAACGAAUCAAGAAGAAAGCGCCCAAAUUGCUCCAAUACAUAUGAAAGAAGUUUCAUUGCUUGAAGAGAGAACUGAAGAUAAUAUUGAUUCUCAGCGAUGUGAUUCAAAGGAAAGUGUUACAAUUAUACCUGCACCAUAUAUAGUAGAUGUACGAACCAUAUCUCAGAAUGUAUUCAAUGAAAUAGAAGAAGUUUCAGCUUGUUUUUCGAAUGACACUCAAUUGUCUACUGACGACAACAUUCAACAAAAUGAAAUUCAAAUAAAAAUUCAGUUACCAGAAAAUAUUAUUUGUUUAAAUUGUCCUAAUAUAAGUACAGUUGUCUGCGAAGUUUGUUUAGAUGCUCAUUAUUGUUCUAAAGAAUGUGCAGCAUCGUAUUGGGUAGAAAAACAUUACAAAUAUUGUACGCCACAUCGUUCAAAAGAAUCCAAAGAAAAAGUUUAA